AUGCGUUCAUCGAUGACUAUUUUAUUUAUUCUAUUCAAUCUUCUCUCUUAUUUCACAUGGUCAGUUGCAAAGAAGAUCAAAGAUGAGGAUUUCUCGGAAUUUGAUGAUUUUGACGAGGAUGAAUUUGUUGUUGAACCUCCGUAUUCACCGGGUGCCAAUCAAUUGUCAUCCAAAACGCAAUCAAAUAAACCUGAAGUAGCCAAAGUAGAUGAUUCAUUUCAAUCACUAUCAAGCAAGAGUGCAGAUAUCAAAGUUAAUGACGAAGUGACUAUCGACGAUGAAGACGAUGAUCUGAUGUUUGACGAAGAAGAAUUUGAAACAUCCGAUGGAUAUUCAUCAUCAUCACCAGCUACAUCCACAAUUCCUGACCUAAAAAUCACGGAAAUUCCUGCUAAUCUAACAAGCAAUCAUUGGGAAGCGUACCAUUGCGAAGCAAUCAUGCUUCUUUUACUUCUGGGUUAUCUUAUCAACUUUCUCCUUGGUCGUUCGAAGAAUGCUCGACUCGCCGAUAUUGUCUAUCGUUCACAACGUGAUCUACUCGAAAGAAAUUUCUGUCUUGUUGGUGACAAUGGUCAAACGCGCACCACUCAAUCGGCAGAUGAUUCCACCGUCAAUGAUUCAACAACGAAUAAAAUGCAAAAGGAGUCCGAAAGUUUAUACAUACUCUGGUGCAGUGGACGAACAGCAAUUGAAAGUAUGCUGAUGGAAGUACGUCUUGCCAAACGACAAUGCUUAUUCAAUUCAUUGGCAGCAAUGAUCAAAUCUAGUAAUGAUAUGCUUAUCUACACGGCAGAUUAUAGUAAAGAAGAUAUGGAAACGUUUGUAUUUUGUUUGGCCAAAAAACAUUGUGCAGCAAAAUUACAUCGUGAUAUGAAUGAUCUUAGUCAGUUUUGUUCAGAAAGAAAAACGUCAGAUAAACGCGGUCUCAAUAAUGGAAACUACCAGAUACUGAGUGAAAUCGGUGAAGUAUCAAGCGCAAUUAUCGAUAAUCGUGUAGUCGACUUCAUUGAAAAAUAUCCUGAUGUUUUGGAAUAUAUACAUAUAAGUGAUCAGUACACAGGUAUGAAAAUACAAAAUGAUACUCAACAAUCAUCACCGAAUACUACACCCAAUGCUGGUAGUACAGCUCAACAGCAAGAUGCUUCGAACACGUCCGAACGAUCCGUUCGCCAUGUGCUUAUCAUUGCAUUUAAUCUAGUUGCUCGCAAUAGUCGGUCGUUGGAGAUUACAACAGAGACUGUUGGUAGUGAUUAUUUACGUUUUGUCUUGCAACUGAUUGACCGCGUCAAUUCAUUUCGGUUUACGCUGAAGGAAUCGAAGAACAAAGCGAUUAAAAAUCGUCAACGAAUCGAAGAGCAAUUCUUAAAGAACGUUUAUCAGCAGAGACAAGAACAAGCACAGCAAAGACGAGAAGAAAAACGUCGUGCUGAAAAAGAAAAAAUCAUGCAGUCAGAUGAUCCCGAACGACAACGUAAAUGGGAAGAAAAAGAGCAUAAACGUGAAAUGAAACGGCGACAGCCAAAAAUGAAACAAAUGAAAGUCAAAGCUAUGUAA